AAUCAGCUUCUUGGCUGUAAUGUUGUCACUUUGGUUCAGAGUAGCGUUCAAUAAAGUUUAAUAAAAAUGAAUUUCCCAAUUUCUGCAAUAUGUUUUGCCCUGCUUCUGAUGGGUCCAAUGUGCUUGGCUUAUAGUGAACAAGAGCGCCGAGCUGAUAGCCUUAGAGUUACCCAGAUUUUGCAGUCCUCAUACGACGACAAUACCAAAAUCAACAGGAUCCAGGAGCUCCUCAACAUAUAUAGACGCAUGUCUCCGAGCUUAAGUCCCCAAGACAGGGAUAGACUGGACAGGUUAAUUAAACCGCACACCGAGGAAAUAUUAGUCGAUGGAGUGCCAAUCCAGGGCGGAAGAAAAAGCAAGUAUGCUGCGAAGAUCCUGACCCCAGUUGUGAAAAGUGUGGCUACAGGAUUCUUCGAAGAGCUCGGUGCUAGUAUUGCAAGUCUAUUUCGGAGGUGGUUUUCAUCUGACAAAAGCCCAUAAGGCGUUUUGUACAAGUGUUUAAAAAAAUGUCACUGCCAGAUUUAAGGAACUUUAUAACAAGUUUUUAUUAUUAAAUAAAUUUGUGCGACCAAAGUAAUAA